AUGGUGGGGAUACGGUCGGACUACGAGGGACAAGCGUAGAAGCGAAGGGUACAGGGGAAAGGGGAGAUGAUGCGGUUCGACUGAGUGGGGGGCAAGUAAAGGAAAGAAAGAGGCAAAUGGAUAGAGGAUGGAGAAGGAUGCUGCAGGGGUUGGGUGGGGUGAGAAACGAUGGAGAGCGAACAGUGGCGAGGGGUCGCUCCUCCGACCGAGGGGUUGUCGUGCCGGUGGGGAGGUUUGACCUGAGCUAGUUCCCCUCCAUUCAAUCCACGGCCACAAUAUCGGUUAUAGCGAGCCACUGUUGCCAGAUUGUGCGCCUCGACGGCGGCGGUGGCGGCGUGUGGGUGGAGCCACGCGAUAGAGGGAAAAGGUCUCCCUAUAGCACCACCACCGUCCUCUUCUCUCGUCCUCGUGCAUACUGCUCGAUUCGAGAAACGAGCACGUCUGUCCGUUUCUCUUUCCCCCUUACUCUCUUCACGCUCUCUUUUUUCCGCCUCUCUUUUCUUCCUUUCCGACGCUACAUUCUCUCUUUCUACACUGGCGUCCUCCGUCUUCCGUUCUCGUCUGCUCCCGCGCUGUUGUUGUCGCUACCGGGACGCACGCAGGCCCCUUCGAAACCGAGGUGCAUGUGGCAUUUCUACGUGCGCCGCCCGGAACUUAUGUAUGUACCAACGGGUAUGCGUGCCUCUAUCGAUAAUGGUAUAUCAUGUGUACAUACUGCUCUACGCCGUAUAGUCGAUCGCCUCGAAUGGGAUGUUUAACGCGAUCUUGUUACCAACAGGAUCGAUUAGUCCGAGCAAAUUGAAAUUACUUAGACAAUUUGCGGGUAAUCUUAUAAAUCCCCUCGAAAACUUAUCGAUCAUUUGUUCUUUAUCACUUUACAAUUUUCUGUAUAGGUGGUUUUUUCAUCAAUUCUAAAAGGGUCUAUAAAUUUGAUCAUCUUCGAAAGCACGCUGGUUCCAUUAAUACAUUUCAAAGUACAUAUGUAUUCUUCGACGGAUUCAGACGUAGAUCGGGAAUGUUGAAACGGGAUUUCACGUUAAGUGUCGUGGCUGUACGCGUUCAAUACAUCGACAUAUGUAUAUGUAAAUGUAUAUGGAAACGUAUAUACAGAAAGAUGGGUCGGUUUACGCGUUAUUUCUGUAUUUGUGUGCCAAUGAAUACGAGGUUGCUCUUCGAGUCCUCGUUACGUGUCACGGAUGUUUAGAUUGAUACGUGUGUGUAUGUUUCAGACAAUCACGGUCAUCUUCAGCGUCUUUCCAGCGGCAGCCUCGAAAGAUCGGUCGCAGUGUUGCCUUGUCGCGGGUUACACUCAUAUCGAUAUAUAACUUUCAGACGGUUGCUUGGAUAUCAAUCGGGUAGCUCCAUUAUGCAUCACGAAGCUUACCCCAGUCGGCUGGAGAAUAAACGUCGAGUAGGGUGUUAGCCUGAGUUCACGGCAUAGGGGAAAGUUUAAGUAUUUCGAAGCGGUGAACGUAUUAUACCGAACUUCUAAUUCACGCCGUCUUAAUAAAUCGUGGAUACAUUAUACAAACGAAUAAUUUGAAU